AUGGGGUCCCUCUGCGCUUUCUUUUCACUGAGUGCACAGCUAGAGAUCCCGCGGGCCUUGUCUGAGGCACUCUUCAAACAGCAUCGGCUCAAAAACUCCGGUGGCUACGAUGGUCCCAGGACAGCCGAUGGAAUUGUUAGCCAUCUGAAGAAGCAGGCAGGUCCAGCAUCCGUGGAGAUCAAAAGUGAGGCAGACUUUGAGAAGUUCAUCGGGGAUCGUGAUGCCAGUGUUGUGGGUUUCUUUGCUGAUGGGGGAAGCGCCGCUCAGGGAGAGUUUUUGAAGGCUGCCAGUGCUUUCAGAGAGUCCUACUGGUUUGCUCACACAAACGUUGAGGACUUGCUGCAGAAACUUGACAUUAAUGGAGAGGGCAUUAUUUUGUUUCGGCGACCGCACCUCAGCAACAAAUUUGAAGACAGCAGAGUGGAGUUCGCUGAGCAUUCGUUCACAAGCGCCAAGAUCAAGAAGUUCAUAAAGGACAACAUUUUUGGCAUCUGUCCCCACAUGACGGAUGACAACAAAGACCAACUGAAAGGAAAAGAUUUGUUGGUGGCUUAUUACGAUGUGGACUAUGAAAAGAACCCUAAGGGAUCCAACGACUGGAGAAACAGGGUAAUGAAGGUGGCCAAGAGCUUUUUGAAUCAGGGGAAGAAGCUUAACUUUGCUGUGGCCAGUAAGAACAGUUUUGGUCAUGAUGUGUCUGAGCUGGGUCUGGACGCCAGCAGUGGAGAGCUGCCUGUUGUCGGCAUCCGAACUGCCAAGGGCGACAAAUACGUCAUGAAAGAGGAGUUCUCCCGUGAUGGAAAAGCCUUGGAGAAAUUCCUGCAGGAUUAUUUCGAUGGAAAUCUGAAACGAUAUCUCAAAUCCGAGCCUAUUCCCGAAAACAACGAUGGCCCCGUGAAGGUGCUGGUGGCUGAGAACUUUGACUCGAUUGUAAAUGAGGACAGCAAAGACGUUCUCAUCGAGUUUUACGCACCCUGGUGUGGGCACUGCAAGAGCUUGGAGCCUAAAUACAAAGAACUUGGGGAGAAGCUUUCCAAUGAUCCAAACAUUGUAAUUCCUAAGAUGGAUGCCACAGCUAAUGAUGUUCCCCCUCCAUAUGAAGUUAGAGGAUUCCCGACAAUCUUUUUCUCACCCGCCGGUCAAAAACAGAAUCCAAAGAAAUAUGAGGGUGGUCGCGAGGUCAGCGACUUUAUUUCCUACUUGAAAAAAGAGGCCACCAACCCUCUGGACGUUCAGGAGGAUGAUAAGAAAUCAAAGAAGAAGAAGAAGUCCGAGUUAUAAACAAUCAGACCCCAAUUACUCUGUGAAGAGAAUUUUGCAGGAGGCGUAAAUUAUAUUUCAAUCCUUAGUGAACAGAGUGCUCUGAUACAAUGCCAGCCCUAUCUUGGGCCUGCUGCUCUGAGAACACUGUGUUGAAGGUUGUGGUGGCCAGACCAAGUGUGAUUUUUAGAUAAGUGGAAGAGGUACAGAUUUGUCAAAUUGAGAUUAUUUUCCCUCUACUGUACCCCAGAGAAAUGCACUUUUGAGACCAAUUCCACAGUUUGUUUUCUUUCUCAUGGAAUAGGGGAGGGGAUUUGGUGAAUUAUGUUUUUAUACCAUGUUUUCUUUUGAUCUGUUUUUUGUACAUUUGGAAGGAAUCUGAAAAAAAAAAAAACA